UCUGAUGAGCGUCAAAGGUUGUUUCACGGACUUCCAUAUCGAUUUUGGAGGUACAUCUGUCUGGUACCACGUCUUCCGGGGCAAGAAGAUCUUCUGGCUGAUCCCCCCCACCUUGCACAAUUUGGAACUCUACGAAGAGUGGGUGCUGUCGGGGAAGCAGAGUGACAUCUUCCUGGGGGACCGAGUGGACCAAUGCCAAAGAAUUGAGCUGACCCAGGGCUACACGUUCUUCAUCCCCUCCGGCUGGAUCCAUGCUGUCUACACGCCCGUAGACUCCCUGGUGUUUGGCGGAAACAUCCUGCAUAGCUUUAAUGUGCCCAUGCAGCUACGCAUCCAUGAGAUAGAGGACAGGACGCGGGCAUGUGGCUGAAACCUUUUGAAGGCGAAGGGUGGAAGGCGACUCCCUGUUUGUAAGUCAAUUC